UGCACUAUAUGCUAACUAAUUUGGAUGUAAAUUUUUUUAAUUCAAUUUAAUUUAAAAAAUAUCCCUUGGGUGGAUUCCCAUGGCCUUUUAUAAAGUCUGAAAUCCUUACCUGGGCUGAUCAGGCAUCAUUAUGCUGCUGGAGCUUUUUCAGUGUCCUAUCCCCCGUACUACAGCCAAGGAAAUUCAAUUCAGUGGACAUUUGCAAAGGAAUACCAAGAGAAGGAAAAAGAAAGAGAAAGACCAAAUGCUGUGCUUUUGGUCUCCAAAAUGGGAUUUUUGAGUUGUAUCUGGCCAGAAUAAAUAAUUUUCUAACUUCCUGUAUCUCCCAUUAGCAUGUCCUGUUGGAGUAGCCUGUAGAUUUCCAGUCUCAAUCAGGAGUAGAGAAGACACAGGCUGCAUCAUAAGGAAAGUUUCUACUACAUUAAAUGAAGGUUGUGAAAAAAACCACCUCUUCCAGCCUGGCAGACUAGGGGAAGAAUUAGCAUGCUUUGUAAUGAUUUUAGUGACACAGAACAGAAAAGAAUAAAAAUAAAUAAACAAUAUAUGUAAAAAAAAUAAUAAGCAUUUAAAAAAAUAAUAGCAGAGGUGGCGAGGCCAGGGGUCAGGAGAGCAUUUGAUUUUUCCCCUCUAGGCUAAAAUUCCAAAAGUCAGGAUUUGGAUAGAUUUUGCCUUGCUCCCUUUUGGAGAGGAGACAAAGUGAAAAUGGCAGUGAAGCAGAUAAAUGGUUUGAGUUAGCAGCCUCAAGACUCUCUUAGGCUCCUGGGUAUAGUACAAAAAGUCCCAAAGUUCUUUGCUUUCCAAGGAAAGAUAUGGAAUGCAGCUGAAGGACUGGCCAGGUCUCAGAAGGGGUUAACAUCUCCAGCAAGAACAUGAGUAAGAGUGAGUCAGUUAAGGAGUCCCCAGGCCCUGACCCUGCUAAAAGAACUAACUAGAAGUUCACCAACCACACUCGGCAAUUUGUCAGUCAGCCCAGAGGACCCCAGGACCAGACUCAUGAAACUGAGACUAGCCUGGAUCCUGAAGGCAGAGCAUGGAAAUGAGGUCCUCAGCCCGAUCACCACAAUGUGUUCAUAUGAAGGCUACCAUACACUUAUCAAGGUACAGAGGAAGAAUCUGGAAAACUAAAACACCAUGAGUUACCCAGAGGAAAGUUUAUAAACUGGAAGAUUCUGAGACAUGGCCAAAUAACAACUUCUAGAUGAGGAAUGGAGAUAGUCAGGAGGUGGGAAGGCCUUGAGAAGAAGGAGCUGAAACAUUUAAUGUGUGAUAAAUAAUAGAACAUUCCAGGGGCUGGUACUUGGUCCAGAUGAAAGUAUCACCACUAGACUCUGUCUUAACUAUUAACCUACCAAAUAAAACCUGGCAAUGGAGACUGGGGUAAGGGCUUGAGGAGUGGAGGCAGUGACAGGGAGAAGAAUAGGAAGCUGUAGCAGAGAUUGAGUUUAUUGUUCAAGGCUGUAAACCCAACACCUAAAAUGUGCCUUUCUUAGCAUAAAUAAAUGAAUGAAUAAAUGAAUUUUGGGCAAUGCCUAUAAAGAAGGUUGGGAGUGGGGGACAGCAGCUUGGGCGGCCAGGUCUGUUGGAUCCUAGUUUACCAACUAAUAGGUAAUAAAUACCAAAACACAUUACUUUCUAAUUAUUUCACUACAUUUUCCUCUUAUCUAUGCUCUCCAGAUUAUUUAUGCCUCUGGUAUCCAGGGCUGGCUCCAUGGGCAUGGAACAGGGCCCCGUACUCAGAAGGUGGCAAGCUUGGUUUACUGCUUUCCUGUCAUCAUUUUGAAAUUGCUAACAACUUUUUAAUGAGGGGCCCCACAUUUUCAUAUUGCGCUGGGAUCCACAAAUUACUUAAGUAAUUUGGGACCUGAUUGUAUCUGUAGUGUCUUCUGCAGCUUGAUAGCACGGGGUGGACAUUGGCAAACACCGGAAAUCCAAGUGAGAACCAAUUGUAAAAUGUGUACCACCAGACAAGCCACACUAUAUAAGUAUAAUGAUUACACAUGCCCACCCCCAACCCCCGUGGGUUUUGAUAGAAUUUCAGAGUAGGAAAGAAGGUUUUUGGGGUUUUUGUUUUUGUUUUUGUUUUUUGUUUUAAACAUAGCACUUUACCAUUUAUUUGUGGCAAAGAAGAAAAACAGUGGCCUCAGCCUUGGUAUUAUUUCAAAACCUAAAUUCAGAUAUCCCAUGAUUGCAAACUGUCACAGAUGAAGUGUGACACUCCAGAAGGGCGGUAAGAAGUCUCCCUGAAUGAAGAAGGUUCGCAUCAAUUGGUGAAAGGUUAGAAAUCCGAGAACUCGCGCCUGCCUCCUCUGGCCAAGCCUUAGCUGUCGCUCCCAGCGCUCUUCCUCCUCCGCGGGGAAGCCGGGAGCUCGCCAGAGUGUACGGAGACGCGGUAGGCUGGGCGACCCUCUCCAGGCGCGGGGCGGAGAAAGCCCACCCGCCUCCGGAGCCCCACAGACUUGUCUGCGACCCUCACAGCGAUGGAGCCCUCCUGGCUGGAGAUGCGCUGGGCGCGGCCCUUGUACCUGGCCUUUGUGUUCUGCCUGGCCCUGGGGCUGCUGCAGGCCAUCAAGCUCUACCUGCGGAGGCAGCGGCUGCUGCGAGACCUGUGCCCUUUCCCCGCGCCCCCCACCCACUGGUUCUACGGGCACCAGAAGCUACUUCAGGAUGGUGAAAUGGAGAAACUUGAGGAGCUUGUUGGAAAAUACCCUUGUGCCUUUCCUUGCUGGGUUGGGCCCUUUCAGGUAUUCUUCUAUAUCUAUGACCCAGACUACGCAAAGGCAUUUCUGAGCAGAACAGAUCCCAAGUCCAAGUACCUGUACAAGUUCUUGAUUCCAUGUCUUGGAAAAGGACUAGUGAGUCUAGAAGGACCCAAAUGGUUCCAGCACCGUCACCUACUAACUCCUGGGUUCAAUUUUAACAUCUUGAAAUCAUAUGUUGAGGUGAUGGCCCAUUCAGUGAACACAAUGCUGGGUAAGUGGGAGAAGAUCUGUGGCCCCCAGGACACAAUUGUGGAGGUCUUUGAGCAUAUCACCUUGAUGACCCUGGACAUACUUAUGAAGUGUGUUUUGAGCCAGGAGACCAACUGCCAGACAAGCAGCACCCAUGAUCUUUAUGUUAAAGCGACAUCUGAAGCCAGCAAAAUCAUCUUUCACCGCUUAUACAAUUUCUUACAUCACCUUGACAUAAUUUUCAAAUUCAGCCCUCAGGGCCACCGCUUACAGGAAAUGGUCAAAAUUCUACAUCAGUACACAGAAAAGAUAAUCCAGGAUAGAAAAAAAUUGCUCAAGAAUGAGAAGAAGUAUGGUAACACUCAGAAGCAGAAGUACCAGGAUUUUCUGGAUAUUAUCCUUUCUGCCCAGGCUGAAAAUGACAACAACUUCUCAGAUACUGACCUACAGUCCGAGGUGAACACAUUCAUGUUGGCAGGGCAAGACACCAUGGCAGGGGGCAUUUCCUGGCUCCUCUACCACCUGGCUCUGAACCCUGAGCACCAGGAGAGAUGUCGGGAGGAGAUCAGGGGCAUCCUGGGGGACGGGUCUUCUAUCACCUGGGACCAGCUGGGUGAGAUGUCAUACACUACAAUGUGCAUCAAGGAGUCACUCCGACUGGCCCCUCCAGUCCCAUCCAUUUCCAGAGAGCUCAGCAAGCCCAUUACCUUCCCAGAUGGACGCUCCUUGCCUGCAGGAAUAACCGUGGUUCUCAGUAUUUGGGGCCUUCAUCAUAACCCUGCCAUCUGGGAAAACCCAAAGGUCUUUGACCCCUCGCGAUUCUCUCAGGAAAAUUCUGAUCAGAGACACCCCCACUCCUUCUUACCAUUCUCAGCCGGACCAAGGAACUGUAUCGGGCAGCAGUUUGCCAUGAUUGAGUUAAAGGUGGCCAUUGCCUUGAUCCUGCUCCGCUUCAAGGUGUCUCCAGAUCCCACCAGACCUCUUGUCUUCUUGCCCCAGAUUGUCCUCAAACCCAAGAAUGGGGUCUACUUGCACCUGAAGAAACUCCCCUAAUGUUACAGCCUAGGGUACAACAAUUUUAUAUAUAUAUAUAUAUAUAUAUAUAUAUAUAUAUAUAUAUAUAUGUGUGUGUGUGUGUGUGUGUGUGUGUGUGUGUGUGUGUGUGUGUGUAUAAUUUUGAAGUUAAAUUACAGGGCCACCUGGGUGCUCAGUCAGUUGAGCAUCCAACUCUUGAUUUUGUCUCAAGGCUUGAUCUCACCAUUUAUGAGUUUGAGUCCCGGGUCAGGCUCCACUUCCAUGCUAACAGUGUGGAGCUUCUUCCUCUCUCUCUCUCUCUCUCUCUCUCUCUGCCUCUCUCUCUCUCUCUCUCUCUCUC